ACACACCUCCCCCGCCUGAGAAUCAGAAAGGCUUCAUAUAAUUCCACGUCAAUCUGAUAACGGAGGGAAGCUCCUGGAAGUCCCUACUGUGCGGUUUCUUCAGUUGUGUGACACAGCGGCGAGAAGCGAUGACUGAAUCUCUGCAAGAUCGAGACCCCUUCGUGGAACGUCUCAAGAAAGAGAUAUCCACCAACAGCGAUUUCUUGCAAUACCUAGAGGUGCUAACAGAAACACUUCGACCUGAAGGUGAACGAACGGUUCGGACUUUAAUGGGACAUACUGGAAGAAGCGCUGGUGGACCACUGCAGGUUCAGCAUGUGGAUUGCCACAUAAAGCAGAACACGCGAUCCCACACGACGGAUAUGUUCAAGUUGACUCAGAACAGGAAUGCAAUGCUGGUGGUGCGACGUGGGGCUCCUGUUACCUUCAGCGUUAAGUUUAACAGGAACUACAACGGACGCAAAGAUCGAGUGCUUCUCAUCCUCAGCUCUGGGCAGAGUCCGAGUGAAGAGGACGGGAGUCUGAUACGACUGGAAGUUCCUCGGGCGAAGGGAUCCUUUUUCGAAAAUGACACUUCUCCCUGGAGCAUUUCCCUGGUGCUGGCGGACAACAGGAGUGUCACCUUGAAGGUGAUGCUUCCGUCGACCACCGCGGCAGGGCUGUGGAACUUGAACGUUGAAACGGGAUGGCGUGCUUCAGACAUGUCAUCCGACAGCUUAUUAUCCGAAACCAGUGCCACCUUCUACGUGCUCUUCAACCCCUGGUGUCCUGAUGAUACUGUAUAUCUCGAUGAUCAGGCCAUGAUAAGGGAGUAUGUGCUUGCUGAUACCGGCAAAAUAUACCAAGGAACCUGGGAUUACCCAUCUGGGAAGCGGUGGUAUUUUGGCCAGUUCGAAGACGUGGUCCUGCCUGCCUGCAAUUACUUGCUGGAGCUCGGGGGCAUGACAGCAACAGAUCGUGCUUCGCCAGUUGCUGUGGCACGAGUUAUAGCAGCAGUGGCGAACUAUAAUGAUGACUACGGUGUUCUGGUUGGUUCCUGGGAUGACUAUUCCGACGGCGUUUCGCCCUUGUCUUGGUCUUCCAGCAUCAGCAUCUUGAACCGAUACAUGAAUAAUGGUACCGCAGUCAAGUACGGGCAGUGCUGGGUCUUUGCUGGUUUGGUUACAACACUGUGCCGUGCGUUAGGAAUUCCGUGCCGCCCCGUAACAAACUUCUCCUCGCCACACGAUGCCGAUGGAGACCUGGUCAUUACGCUAAAGUACGACCACAACGGGAAUUCACUGAAUGGGCCUGAGGAUGAUUCUGUCUGGAACUUCCACGUAUGGAAUGAGGUGUGGAUGUCCCGGCCAGACCUUCCGCCUGGUUAUGGCCGCUGGCAGGUUGUCGACGCUACACCACAGUGUCGAAGUGGUGGAUUAUACCGUGUUGGCCCCAGCCCUGUCGCAGCCACUCGUAAUGGACGGGUUGACGUCCCGUAUGACAGUCGCUUUGUCUACGCGGAAGUGAAUGGCGAACUUCGGAGCUACGUUGUAGAUCCGGACACGGGUGACUUCAUAAAACGCCUCUCCGACACCGAGACGGCUGGAAUGCUGAUAUGCACAAAGCAGAUGGGAAUCAUUACGGAUGAUUUUGCGGAUGACGCUGAAGACAUCACGUCCCUCUACAAAGGGUCAAAAGGUUCUAUGGCGAGGGAGUUGGAAGACAUGUCGGUCAUUACUCUGGGCGCAGAUGUGGACAUUAUGAUAGACAACGUGUCAUCCGUUCCUUUGGGUGAACCUCUUACGAUGAAUCUCAUCCUUACCAACAACGGCACGGAUGAUCGCAAUGUCACUGUCACCUUGGCUGCUGCUUCGGUUUACUACAAUGAUGGAACCUGCAAGGAUAUCAAGAGACAGGAACUCCUUGUGAACCUGGCACCAGGAGCUGAGGAGAAACGUACGCUGACCAUCACCCCUGAAGAAUAUCAAGAGAAGCUCGCACCCCUGAACAUCAUAAGGCUCGUGGUUACCGCCAACGUCGAGGGAUCUGAAAGCGAGGGUUGCAUCAAACGGCAGAGAAUCAUCGUUGGAAACCCUGAAAUGAAAGUAGAUGUGGCUGGGCCUUUGGCUGUAGCACAGAGCUUGAAGUAUAUUUUAAGCUUUCAGAACCCUCUGGAUUUCACACUGACAGACUGCCGCUUGACUGUGCACAUUUGUGGCGCUCUUCAAGCCGAGUACACCGUAGACGUGGCCUAG